AUGUUCUAUAGACUUGUGUCAACACCUGUUUACUUUUCAUGCUGUCACACUGGAUCUCACACUGAAGAGAGCAUAUUUAACACCCAUGUUAUCAACUUGGUGUUUGCUGCCACAUCACCUGCUCUCCUCUGUUGGGUCUGUGGAGUUUAUUGUAGUGGAAAAAGGAAGAUCUAACUUGUAAAGAGUUCAUAAAGUCACAAACAUGGUUUCAAAGAAACUGCCAACUGGAGUUUUUAGAAAAGCUAAGUUUAUCCUGACUGGCUGUCGUCAGUGUGAACACCAGUGAGUACAGGGUGGAGUUCAUAAAGCGUUACCACAAUUUCCUCGUUCAAGACAAAUUCGUCAUAUUGCAGAUUUCACCCACUGGUUCAGCUGGAAGCAGUCUUGAGACAAUGUCUUACAUCGAACAACUUGGAUCAGGCAUACUAACAAAUCCGAUCACAGUACGUCUUCAACAUGAGCGGUAUUUCCUUGAAGUGAUGAUGUGGAUUCACGUGUGUGUCUGCCUUCCUUUGACCGUAUUGAUCAUCUACUAUGUGUGUUGUGUGAUGCAAAGGAGUCAGGUCCCCGUCAUCUAUUACACAAACCUCCUCCUCUCCAAUCUAAUCCAGAUGUGCAUAGUGACCGUUUGGAUCAUAAGAGUGGAAAGCACCAUGGGUGUUAUUAUUCACCACUUGUGUGUGAUGGCCGGUCUUUACUUCAAGGUGUGCAUUGCUCUGGAAAGGUGUUUUUUCAUCACACUCCCACUGUUGGACUGCCUCAGAGAAACGAGGAGUUCUGUGCUGCUCUGUGUCCUGGUCUGGGCUUUUUGUAUUGUCAGUCUCCCUCUUGCCUUAGUCUUACAUCAGUUCAUACAUUUAAUUAUUUAUGCUGGCCUCCCUGGCGCCCUGUUCAUCUUCUGCUUAGCUCGGACCUUCAGAGCCCUGCAUGCUGCCACCUCAGUGCCCACUCAGGAGAAACGUCGAAGUCUAGGAAUUUUGAUUCUGUUGUUCUUUAAGUACUGUGUACUAAUCAUUCCCGUAAUCAUCUUUCCGCAUGAACAUAUUCGCUUUUAUAUCAAUUGGAUCUUGUUUUUGCUCUGUCCUUUUGUGGACUUAGUUUUGUGUCUUUUCAUGCGGCAGGGGCGCAUUGACAGGCUGCUGGCAUGUCUGUGCUCAGCUGAUGCAGCAGCAGAUCAUCGGUGUGACUGACGGCAGCAGUGAGAAGUGUGGUGAUGAAAACAGAGUCAAGAGAGCGAAAGAGGGGAAGAGUUGAUAUCAGAGUGUCAGAGUUUUUUGAUAAAUGAAGCAAACAACAGCUGAUAUCUGCAUCUCAGCCACGCUUUUCUCACCUCAGCUGUCCGUUUGUAAAUAAUUUCAAAAUUACUUUAUAAUCACCUUUAACCACUCAUUGUAUUCCAGUACUAAACACAUUUUUCUUUUCUUUUUCAAUUGUUUUUUCAUCGAGAUUUUAAAAGUGUUUUGUUUUCCCUUCCUUGUAAUUAUGAUUACCAGUUAAUAUUCAUUUGUUUCUUCAUGCAAAUAAUGUAUCCAAAUAUUUGUAACUUUUUAAAUUUGAAUUUGAAUUUUUAUUUAUGCCAUCUCUCAUUCAUUUUUGUAUGGAACUCUUUAAGGUUAUUUGCAUUUCCUCUCAUCUACCGACUGAUGCUACAGCAGCACGUGUUAUUAAAACCUCUGCAUCUCUUUAUGCACCCAUAAUCCUUAG